AUGACCAACCAGAAUACCACCUCCCAUCCAGCUCUCCCUCCCCUCUUGUCCUCAGUGACAAUGGCCUCCACGUCGUCGUCAGAUGUUCUCAUUCUCACCGUUGGCGUUGUAUUAGCAGCCCUAUAUCUCUUUCGCGAUCAGCUUUUCGCUGCAUCUAAACCAAAGUCAGCAGUACCCGUACCAAACAAGGUCGCCAAUGGCGAUGGCGGCAAUCCUCGCGAUUUCAUUGCAAAAAUGAAGGCUGGCAAAAAACGCAUAGUCAUCUUUUAUGGCUCUCAAACAGGUACAGCCGAGGAAUACGCCAUUCGUCUUGCAAAGGAAGCCAAAUCCAAGUUUGGCCUUGCUUCUCUUGUCUGCGACCCUGAGGAAUACGACUUUGAGAACCUUGACGAACUGCCCGAGAAUAGCUGUGUCUUCUUUGUCAUGGCCACCUACGGAGAGGGUGAGCCUACCGAUAAUGCUGUGCAGCUCAUGCAGAACAUAACCGACGAAUCUUUCGAAUUCACCAACGGUGGUCACAAGCUUGAUGGAAUCAAAUACGUCGUCUUCGGUCUUGGAAACAGGACCUACGAGCACUACAACCUUAUUGGUAAACAAGUAGACGAACAUCUUACCAAGAUGGGCGCCGUUCGUCUCGGUGAACGUGGCGAGGGUGAUGAUGAUAAAAGUAUGGAAGAGGACUAUCUAGAGUGGAAAGAUGGCAUGUGGGAUGCUUUCGCAAAGGCGAUGAACGUCGAGGAAGGCCAGGGCGGUGACACUGCCGACUUUGUCGUCUCCGAACUCGACUCUCACCCUCCUGAAAAGGUCUAUCUUGGUGAACUUUCCGCUCGUGCCCUUACCAGAACCAAGGGUAUUCACGACGCAAAGAACCCAUACCCUGCACCUAUUGUCGUCGCUCGUGAACUUUUCCAGGAUACCACGGAACGUAAUUGUGCCCAUGUCGAACUUAAUAUUGAAGGCUCUGGCAUCAACUACCAACAUGGUGACCACGUCGGUGUUUGGCCCACAAACGCAGAACUAGAAGUUGACCGUCUCCUAUGCGCGACUGGUCUAUAUGAUAAGAAGGAUACCGUCAUUGGUAUUGAAUCGCUCGACCCUGCCCUUGCCAAGGUUCCCUUCCCUGUCCCCACCACUUACGCCACUGUCCUCCGCCACUACAUCGACAUCAGCUGUGUCGCUAGUCGUCAAUUCCUCGGUACCCUUUCCAAGUUCGCUCCCUCUCCAGAGGCUGAAGCAUACUUGAAAACCCUCAACACGGACAAGGAAGAAUUCCACAAGGUCGUUGCUGACGGAUGUCUCAAAAUUGGAGAAGUCCUUCAAAUGGUUGCGGGUAACAGUCUCAUCGAGGCUCCUACCCCUGCCAACACCACGGCAUGGAAAGUUCCCUUUGACAUCAUCGUUUCUUCGAUCCCCCGUCUUCAACCCAGGUACUACUCCAUCUCCUCGAGCCCUAAGCUCAACCCCACCUCUAUUCACGUCACCUGUGUUGUCCUCAAAUAUCAUUCCGUUCCCAGCGAUAGGGCCGGAACGAAGUGGGUUUAUGGUGUCGGUUCCAACUUCCUUCUCAACCUCAAACAUGCUGCGAACAACGAAACUGCUCCUCUCAUCAGUGACGCUGGCGUUGCCAAUGCAGCACUUCCAAACUAUGCCAUUGAGGGUCCUCGUGGUGCUUACAAGCAGGAUACCAUUUAUAAAGUUCCGAUCCAUGUGCGACGAUCUACCUUCCGCUUACCCACUAACCCGAAGAGUCCGGUAAUCAUGAUCGGUCCCGGAACUGGUGUUGCCCCUUUCCGUGGCUUCGUUCAAGAACGUGUUGCUCUCGCUCGUAGAUCUGUGGAAAAGAAUGGCCCAGAUGCUCUCGCCGAUUGGGGUCGCAUCACUUUGUUCUACGGUUGCCGAAGAUCUACUGAGGAUUUCCUGUACGAGGAUGAGUGGCCCAAGUAUAAGGAAGAGCUCCGUGGUAAAUUUUCCAUGCACUACGCUUUCUCCCGUGGCGCUGCUCGCAAGCCCGACGGUAGCAAGAUAUAUGUCCAGGAUUUGAUUUGGGAUGAUCGUGAAAACGUAGCAGAUGCCAUUCUCAACGGUAAAGGAUACGUUUACAUCUGUGGUGAUGCGAAAAACAUGGCGAAGAGUGUCGAGGAGAUGUUGGGUAGGAUUCUUGGAGAAGCCAAGGGUGGAUCAGCUGAAGUUGAGGGUGCAGCUGAAAUGAAGCUCCUCAAGGAGCGUUCGCGGUUGAUGUUAGACGUUUGGAGUUGA